UUGCACCCAAAGUGUAAAUUUUAUUUGUUUGUUUGUUUGUUUUUGUUUGUUUUUGUUUGUUUUUGUUUGUUUUUGUUUGUUUUUGUUUGUUUUUGUUUGUUUUUGUUUGUUUUUGAGUAUGUGACUCAAAUUGUAAUAUGUUAUGAAUUAAAAGUUACUUUAGUAUUUUGCUGGUUGCUGAUUUCAAUGCCCUCUUCAUCUGAACUGCUCAUCUCCUUGAAACACAAAAACACGAAGCACAACGCACGACUACUUGAGUUAAAGAAAUUAUCAGAGGAGAGUCUCACUCGCCAGCCUGAGGAGGUGUUCGACAUCAUCUGCAAGUUAGGCGAAGGGUCCUAUGGCAGCGUGUACAAAGCUCUCCAUAAGGAGUCCGGCCAGGUGCUGGCUAUUAAGCAGGUUCCUGUGGACACAGACCUGCAAGAGAUUAUCAAAGAAAUCUCCAUAAUGCAACAAUGUGACAGCCCUUGGGUAAUUGUUAUGGAGUACUGUGGUGCUGGAUCUGUAUCAGAUAUAAUGCGUUUGAGAAAGAAGACUUUGACUGAGGAUGAAAUUGCUACCAUACUUUGUGACACUUUGAAAGGUCUUGAAUAUUUGCAUUUACGUCGAAAGAUUCACCGUGACAUUAAAGCAGGAAAUAUCCUCCUUAAUACUGAAGGUCAUGCCAAAUUGGCGGAUUUUGGUGUGGCUGGUCAGUUAACGGACACAAUGGCAAAAAGGAACACAGUCAUAGGCACACCAUUUUGGAUGGCUCCUGAAGUAAUCCAAGAAAUAGGGUAUGAUUGUGUUGCUGACAUUUGGAGUCUAGGGAUAACUGCUUUGGAAAUGGCAGAAGGGAAACCUCCAUAUGGAGAUAUUCAUCCCAUGAGAGCUAUUUUUAUGAUUCCUACCAAACCGCCACCAUCUUUUAGGGAACCAGAUCAAUGGUCUCCAGAAUUCAUAGACUUUGAUGAGGAAGAGGCUGUGAACAACAAAACAAUGCUUCAAUAUCCUGCUGACUCAGGAACCUUAGUACCAUCUCGAGAUCUCAUGGAUGGAACAUUAGUACCUCGUGCAGAUGGUCAUGACACAGGACCUGGAGAAUCCGGGAAGAAGUAUCGUCCUCUAUUCUUGGAUCAUUUUGACAAAAAGGAGGCAGAAAAUAAGGGCAGUGAUACAGUUCAGGGAAAUGGACAACCUAUGACUCCUACUGACAAACUGGAUGGCUCACCAAGUGCAUUACAACAAAUAUCAGGUAGUGGAGAUACAGGCCAUCCUCUUAACAACAAUAAUAACAACAAUAACAACAGUCCCAGUGGGGCACCUCCACUCACAGCUGAGGAGCGUCAGCGUUUUCAAAGCCAUCUGCAGCGGCAGCUGAACCAAAUUUCAGGGGCGGGUGCUAGCAGUAUCCUCCAGCGCCAUGGGCCAGCCCAGAGUCCGGGACCUGGAGUGCUACCAGAUCCAUUCCAGGCCCGUCAUCACCACGAGAAUCAGGCCAAAUUCCAACGACCAUUUGUGGAUGGCGAUUUUGAAUUUCUUAAGUUCCUAAGCUAUGAAGAGCUCCAGCAACGCAUGGCAAAUCUGGAUGCAGAGAUGGAGCGUGAAAUUGAUGAACUGCGGCGUCGGUAUCAAACAAAACGACAGCCUAUCCUUGAUGCUAUGGACCAGAAACGAAAGCGUCAGCAGAACUUUUGAGGAUAGUAUUGCUGACCAUUGGGUAUCUUAGUGUAAUUGAAAUUCUUAGUGGUAGGCCUGGCCUACCUUGAGGUCCCCUCAAAAGACCCAAAUGUGCCAUAAGAAUGUCGUUAUUCAGAUAGAUUUCAGACAAUGUUAGAAAAAUGUUAUGGACACUGAACCACAGGAACUCUUGUAGAUUUGAGGCCUUAUGCUCUUUGACAUUUUUGUGAUUACUGAGUGUUCUUGUAAUAAUUUCUGAGGCAUUAUCUCAAUCUAAGGGGGAAAGAGAAUAGAAUAGUGAAAGGCCUUUUUGAUAGAAAUUAAUAACACUAGUUAGAAACAAUUGAAGCAAUUUAGGUCAGAAAUAUUCCAUGACAUGUUGGGAUUAAUAGUGAGAAACAUCGUAAUUGAUAGUUGUUUCUCAUUCUCUUAACUUGUCUGAAAUCUUUGGGAUAAGGUCAUUCUGAAACAUGCUCUAUGUUUGAAUGCUGGUUAUGAGGGAAACUUGUUAGGAAUGACAAGUUUCUCUGUAUGGUACAUUAGAAAAAGCCUUGAAUUUUCGAAUCAAAAUUAAAUUAUUUGUUGAAUGGAAAAAUAUUUUUUCCAUUGGUAUAUUGUACCUUCCAGUCAGAUAAAAUUGUAUUAUAGGUAUUUUCAUCUCUUAUUGUACAUGUGUAAAUAUAAAUGAAACAAAUAAUGUGCAAGUGUUAGAUAUUAACAGGUCUUGUGUAUGACUGUCUUGGAGGGUCCAUCCAAGAUUUUCGUAUCAGUCUUUUUUUCGUUAUAAAUUAUUAUAGGGAGGAUGGACAUCUCAAGGACCGUAAUGAAAGGACUAUUCACGGUAUUGUCAGCCUUCAGAUUAUUACUAACAAUCAAUGAAAUAACUUCAAACAGAAUUUCCAUCUGUGUCCCAACUGAUAAAUGGCAAGGUUGUAAAGGUAGAUGUGAGUGCCAAAGCUAUUAGAAGUGUGGGGCAUUGUUCUGUAACCUACACAUCUUCCUUCCCUCUAACCAGCCAUCAGCAAGUAAUGAAUUGAUAGGGUUGUGAAGACUGGUGGAGGCUCAGAGAAGCCUUGUUGAUAGUAGAGCAGUUUGCCUCAGGACCCAAUAUAAUGUAAAUAAUGUUGAAAGACUGUUUUGCCUUUUACAGUUGUCUUGAAUGGUGAUACCUACUUGCAUUCAGUUUCCAAAGAGAAAGAGAAAUAAAAAGUGGAAAGUAUAGAACACUACUUAUAUUGAAUGGUAGUUCUGUAGAUGGAGAAAAAGUACUAAUAUUUUCAACUGGAGUGUCUAUAGUUGCCAUGUUUCAUAUCCUUGUAUUUUAUACAUGAAAUCUGUGAAAGUAAUUUUUGGAGGUCUUUGAUUUAGCUCUUUAGGACACACGGAGAUUGUUGAAGGCAUUCAUAUAUUUUAUGUUCCCUAAAUGUUCAUAUCGGUCAAACAAUUUUUCUUGUAAAUAGGCUUUUUCAAAUGUUCUUUCUUGUCUCACAAAUUUAUAUGAAUUGAGAAAUUUUGAAAAAUGCACGGAUAUACAAAUAAAUUUCAUUGUGAAGGAUGAUCACAAAUUUUAAUUGAAUGCUCAAUAUUUCUGUGUCUUGGGGACUAAGCAGAUGAUUUCCUGUGUUCUUGAGGUUACACAUAUUUGCAUUGCAUCUUUAUGUAUUGUCUGUAGCUGUGACAUUUAUUUAAAAUGUCCAUGCUCUCUUUUACUGUCUGUCUUCUAUGAUAUGUAUCAAUCUUUUAUUUAGAUCUUUCUUGAAUAAUGCCUACUAUUUUGUGUUAUGAUGGUAAGCUCCUUGAAUGAUUGAUGUGUGAAAUUGAAUUUUAGAGUUUUACAUUUACAAAAUAAAUGGUCUGAUCUAAAUUAGUAUCUUGACAUUUAUACAGGGUUCUUAGAAUUAGGAAGGUGCAAAGCAAAUGUACAAACUUCAGAAGAAAGAAAAAUUAUGUUUAAAAAAAGGGGAAAAAGUUAUAAUAAAAAAUGCCUAACCAUAACAAUGCUCUAGAGAACAUUCUAAGAAUCUUUGAAGAGCGUAUUCUCUGUUACAGCAAAUGUUUGUUGCUUUUCUACUAGUGGGAAAUUAUGUUUUGCAAUGAAAUGGCUAGGCAUUGACUUAUUAGGAAGUAAACUUUUUAAAUGUUCCAUUCACAAAUUUGAAAGAAGUUAACCUACUUGCAAAAACCUCAUGAUUUCUAGCUGUGAUGUUGACCAAUACUUUCCUCCCUUUUAUGUCCUUGCAAUGGAAAUAGUUGUGUAUGGGAAUUUUUUACUGUCUUUUGCAGCCUCUCAAUUAAAAUAUUGUAAAAUUCAUCAUUCUGGAGUACGUGUUUUGUUUAAUGAAGCAUAAGGGGUAUUUGUAAUUCUUUCCAGGAUUUAAUAUUUUUGUCUAUUGAAAAAAUGUGAUUGUGUCCAAUAUGGAAAACAUGUUGGCUGCUCUCUUACUAGUUUUAUUUCCCUUAGUGUAAUAAUUGUUUUGAUAAAAUUAUUCUUGAUUAUCAUAUUUCUCUGAAGAUUUUGAAACAGUGCCGUCCAGGCUAAUAAAUCUAUAUCAUUAACAGAAAGUUAAAACUCUUAAUGAGAUGAAAAUAUUACUGCUAACAUCUCAAUUCAAUGCACUUGUUUUGCAUAUUAAUAAUAGACAAUCUUUAAGUUUAUAUUGUUCCUUAGAAAGCUUUUUUUUAUUGAUAGAGAAUGGAUUGUAUUGUCACUUGAUUGAGGCAUGAAAAUUGAUUGUUUUCACAUUCCAUUUCCCCCACAAAUAUUUUUAUGUCCUUUUAAUUUUUUAAUUUUAGCUGUGUCAUUUCAUGUAACAUUUGCGUUUCGACAAGUUAUAUGACAACUUUUUACAUCCAAAAAAGAAAAAGUUUUAAAGCAUUUAUUCUUUCAUGUUUCCAUCAAGUAAAUCCAGUACACAUUUGGGAAGGAGCAAAAAUGUUAUGUGAUCAUAUUUUAAUGCUGCACUAUAUUAAGCAAUUUUUCUGUUCGCCAUAUUGACAAUCCAUUGCCAGCAUGAUGGAAUCCUCUUUUGUGUAAAGUAUUAUACACUAGGUAUUUGACAUAUGGGAGGAAAAUAUUAUUUCAAACCCAAACAAGGAGUUUACAUAGAAAUUAAUGAAAUGCAAGUUCAGUCUUGUCUGAAAUGGACCUGUAAUUCACAAUCUGUAAAUAAGAUUUUUUAAAAAAAAUAUAUAGUUACAUAUUUCAAA